AACUAAAAUAAUUGUUAACCUUAUUGUCGUUAUUCUGUGGUGUUGUGGUGCUAUACCAAAUGGAACAACAAGUACUUUGAAAAGAGGCAGCUAAAAUGCUGAGACCUUUGUCAUACUUAAUCAUAGUAAUAGAACUUCAAUUUCUUGGAUCAACAGAAAGUUUCACUGAACAACUUACCGGCUACUGGCCUUGUCGUUAAGGUUGUAGGGGACAUCUAUUUGGAAAUUUUCUACUUUAGUCGUGGUUGGAACAUUGACGAGACGAUUUCCUUCCUAGGACGUUGCAAAUAUGGAAGUGUCUCAAGAUUUUCGCGCGACUUCUAAACAUUCAGCGGGUGGGCUUCGAAUGACAAGUACCGAGUUGACUGCCUAUGCAAUAAUUUCUUUUAUUGUGGUGCUAUGGUGUCAUUACAAAUGGAACCGCAGACACUUCGAAAGAGUGGCUGCCAAAAUGACGGGACCUCCGUCAUAUCCAAUUAUUGGCGCUGGGCUUGAGUUUGUUGGUACACCCCAACAGGUCAUAAAGAGAAUUAUUAAACUGUUCGAAAUCUAUGGUUCCGAACCGUUCAAAGUAUGGUUAGGUACAUCUUUGGGCGUAACCAUAAGCAAGCCAGAAGACGUACAAAUAGUAUUAAACAGUUCCAAGGCCCUGGAGAAAGACAAGUUUUACAAAUUUUUCAAGAAUACUGUAGGUGAAGGCUUGUUUUCAGCCCCAGUUCAUAAAUGGCGAAGACAUCGACGUCUUAUUACUCCAGUAUUUAACGCCAAUCUGCUCGAUCAGUUUUUCCCUGUUUUUAAUGAGAAAAACCGAAUUCUUACUAUAAAUCUUAAGAAGGAAUUAGGUAAAACUCAACCAUUUGAUCUUUGGGACUAUAUAGCGGAUACCACUCUUGAUAUAAUCUGUCAAACUGCAAUGGGUUACAAUCUCGACACACAAUUAAAUAAUGAGUCUGAAUUUGCUGAAGCAUUAACAAAAGCAUCAGAAUUGGAUUCGAUGAGAAUUUACAAACCAUGGUUAUAUCCCGAUAUAAUAUUUUCAAUUUAUGGAAAACUUACGGGACUACACAAGGUCUACAAAACGUUGCACAAACUUCCAAAUCAAGUGAUCAAGGAAAUGAAAGAAACAUACGCGGAAAGGAAAAUAGAAAAUAAAACUAACGCCAUAAACGUCAACGAUGGCGAUAAAAAGCGAUUAAAAGUGUUUUUGGACACGUUAUUGGAUCUGAAUGAAGCUGGUGCAAACUUUUCUGAUGAAGAACUUAGAGAUGAAGUUGUGACUAUGAUGAUUGGUGGCAGUGAAACCAGUGCUAUUACAGUCUGCUUUUGUCUAUUAAUGUUAGCUAUCCAUCCAGAAAUUCAAGACAAAGUUUACGAUGAAAUUUAUGAAACAGUAGGUGACGGCGACCAAACAAUAACUAUCGAAGAUACUACUAAAUUAGUUUACCUCGAACAAUGUAUUCGAGAAACUCUUCGAUUAUACCCUAUUGGGCCGUUGUUACUUAGACAACUCCAAGAUGAUGUUAAAAUUUUUUCCGGUGAUCACACGCUGCCAAAAGGAACAACAUGUAUCAUAUCUCCAAUAUGUACGCACCAUAUGCCUGAGUUGUAUCCAAAUCCGUGGACGUUUAACCCGGAUAACUUUGACGUUGAAAAUGUUAAUAAACGCCAUAAAUAUAGUUUUAUAGCUUUCAGUGGCGGCCCGAGGGGUUGCAUAGGAUCAAAAUAUGCGAUGUUGUCAAUGAAAGUUCUAAUAUCAACGUUUUUGCGAAACUACAGUGUACAUACAGAUAUUAAAUUAAGUGAUAUUAAAUUAAAACUAGAUUUAUUAAUGAGAAGUGCUAAUGGUUAUCCUGUGACUAUUCAACCAAGAGAUAGAAGACCUACAUAUAAACAAAAUUAGAAAUAUUGGAAGGACAAUUUGUGAUAGAUAAUAUUAUAAUACAUUAUCAGAGAAAAAAACAAGAUUAAGUUUAUGAGAAGUUUGUAAAUGGUUUUACAAAAGAAGUGUGUUAAAUUAAAUUUUGAAAUAUGUGUUAUUAUUUUUAUUUAUAUUAUUGACUUGUAAUUUUAUUUUAUAUAUUUAUUUCAAGUGUUAAUAUGUAUUUUAGUUAUAAUAUUUAUCAUGGAAAUCGUAUACAAUUGUAUAAAAUCGUCAAUAGAUUGCUAUUGAUAGUAGCACCUUUUAUUUUGUCGUCGUGUUAAUAAAACUAAACUAAAAGGCCUAAUUAAAACUGGUGGGUGCUUCUAAUCUCAACUAUGUGUAUCCUAUGUGACUUGUGUCCACCCUCAAAUUAUGUUUUACUUUACUACACUUUUCAGUAGCCGAAUAACAAACACCAGGCCUAUAUAUUUAUUUCAUCUGUUCCUUGUAGUCUUGUAAAAAUAAUACCAAACAAUUACUGCGUGUAUCUUAAUAAUAAUACAUUUUAUUUAUAUAUAUAUAUAUUCAAAAUUA